AUGAAUCAACUUUUUGAUUUUAAAGCAAUGAAAGAUGCCGGAAUUAAUUUUUCAGUGGAGUACCUCGUUUCGGAUGAUAUACCUAGAGAUUAUGAAAAAACAAGCGAAUUUCGUUACAUAAAAAAAUUAGUAAAAAAACUUAAUAAAAGUAAAUUUUUAGAUUAUUUUAAUAAAUAUCAGGAAUGUGCUAAAUUAUUCCAUGACCCUGAUUUAGGAAGUUAUUGUAAAAAACAUAUACUAAAUAAACUAGGUUGUUGUAGAAAUCAUUGUUGUAUUGAUGAAGGAGCUGGACAUUGUAUAUUACAUUGUAUAAAAAAAUUUAAAACCUAUGAUUUAUUCGAUAGUGACUUACAGAGUGAGAAUGAUAUCGCAUCUGACGAUUAA